AUGUCCGAGUGGCACCGUCUACAAGCACCGACACCUCCCGAGGAUGAGGAACAAACAAAGAGAAACAUGGCAAAGGGCAGAGAGCGGAUCACAAGAAUAGAAAGCGCACCUGGGAGCAGACCCUGCCCAUGUGAGCCUGAGCCGUACGUAGGCAUCCAUUCUACCACAAAAUCAUCCGUGCACACAUGCGAUCACUGCCGCGCACCGUCCCACCGGCAAAUUUACAUGUUCUCCCAUGUUAAUCACGUUAAUUCGUUAAGCCACAAGUUCAAUCCCCCGUAUUCACAAACCUACCGCAGAGAUACAAAGGGCCGUCUGUGUUGCACUGUAACUCCGCUAUUCUGUGGCAAAAUAGGUAAAGUCCGUGGCGGUAUAAACGUCCCCGAAAGAAACAUUUUAAAGACACUGGGAGAAGAUGGACGGAAAAAUUCAGAAGAUAUGCAGGAACAGAAAUGGGAAAGGAGGCCGACGGAUGAUCAUCGGAUACAGUUGUGCACGCGGUGGAGGUUCAGCUUCACAACUGGGCUCCGAAUUUGCACACAGCUACAUGUGCUGCUUGAAGAAGGGUAUUUUUGGCAUCUACAUGCGUCGUGUGCACGCGGUCCUGUCCUCGAGAGCGACUUGGCAGCGCCACGUCCAGAAGUAAGGCCCACAAAGCCUGUCCGCUUGUCAGGGAACACUCGAGCGACGGCCGACAGUUUAUCGAUCGCAUCCACCGGGUGCAUUGCAUUGAAAGUCGAGAUUUUUCUCUCCCCGUCCCUUUUUUUUUUAGGCGGUUCAGCACAUGCCAAGCUGAGUUCGCAGUACUGUGCGGCGCUAAAUGAUGACGCCUGCUCCUGGCAGAAAAUCCGUGCUGGGGGAGUCCUGAGGUCGACUUCACCUCAACGUCACGUGGUUACACCGCAGGAAUAA